AUGAGGUCUAUUAAUUUACGAGAUGCUGCUAAUGUUAUGGUGGCGCCUGAUGCUACUAAUGAUGCUGGUGCGAUGGUUGGUUUUGAUGAUGGUGGUGGUGCUAGAGAUGGUAGUGGUGGAUCCGGCGAUGGCGGUGAGCUUGGAGGUACUAGUGUUGGUGGUGGAUUUGGCAACGACGGUGACAGUGAGGUUGGUGGUGGCAGGGACUAUGUCGGAGUUCUUGGUGGUGGUAGUUUCCAUAUUUUGGUGGUAUUAAGGGUUUGGGUGGUUUUUAUUGGUGGUGCAACUACUGGUGAUGGUGGUAGAUUUGAUGGUGGCUGUGGCGAUCAUGAUCGUGGCAGUGGUGUGGUGGUUGUAGGUGGGAUGGCGUAG